GAGGAGGAGGAGUAGGAGGAAGGAACACAGAACUAAGCUGAGGAGAAGAGACCUCCCGGAUAUCAGCUGAUGAGGAGAAACUGAUGUUGAAAGAAAUGAAAUCCUCGGUCAGUCGCUUCCGGCGCCCCCUGGAGGUGGCGGUGAUAAACGAGGAACGGUGGCCAAUCAGAAGCUUGGAGAAUGGAAGCGUGCAUCCUAUAAAAUGACUUAUAGUCAAUGAGGUGUAUUUCUUUUCCAAACAUGCUUCAUCCUGCAGAGGAAGUGUGGGGGCGGGGCCUUCCCCAACCCCCCUCCCUCUCUCUCUCUUCCCUCCAGCGCUUUAUAGGCAGCCGGCAGGCGUGCAAGCCCCCACUCAGCAGUCAUGAAGGCGGUGGGGGUUCUGGUGCUGGUUCUGGCCUUCCUGGCGGGCGCUCGCAGCGAGGUGAGGGCCAGAGACCCUGAAGUGGAGCAGGAGGAAGACGGGGAGGCCUGGGAGGGACAAGCGGGUGUCGUCAGCGCCACAGAGACCCCUCUGCUGGGAGAUGGCGGCAACUACCCGGCCCGAAGCGGAAACUGGUGUGCGUUUGUGCAGAAGCGUGUGGUCAGCAUGGCGGUGGCGUGUGGGACGGAGAAGUACACCAUCAAAUCCCAAAGUCCCUGUCCUAGCGGAACACCCGACUGCCAUUUGAUCAUGUACAAGCUGUCCACUCGGCCGCUCUACAGACAGAAGCAGAAGACGUUCACAGCUCUCUUGUGGAGAUGCUGUCCAGGACACGGAGGGGACAACUGUGACGACACUGGCGUGCAGCAACAGCAAGGAGACCCCAACAGUGAGCAGAACGACCACCAGGGGUCAGUCAACACGCCACAAAACGCCACACGCCCCGCCCACAGCACACAGCAGGCCCACGCCCCCAAUCGCUACCACAUCCAGCAUCCCGGUCACGUCCCCCAUAAGGACCACGCUCAGCAUCCCUUCCAUGCCCAGCCUCAAGACCAUGUCCAGUAUCCUAUUAAUGUCCAGCAUCAGGACCAUGUCCAGCAUCCCGUCCAUGUCCAGCCUCAAGACCAUGUCCAACAUCCGAUUAAUGUCCAGCAUCCUGUCCAUGUCCAGCCUCAAGACCAUGUUCAGCAUCCCGUCCAUGUCCAGCCUCAAGACCAUGUCCAGCAUCCUAUUAAUGUCCAGCAUCAGGACCAUGUCCAACAUCAGGACCAUGUCCAGCAUCCCUUCCAUGCCCAGCAUCCCAUCCAUGUCCAGCAUCAGGACCAUGUCCAGCAUCCCAUUAAUGUUCAGCAUCCUAUUAAUGCCCAGCAUCAGGACCAUGCCCAGAAUCCCCUUCGUGUUCAGCAUCCUAUUAAUGUCCAGCAUCAAGACCAUGUCCAGCAUCAGGACCAUGCCCAGAAUCCCCUUCGUGUUCAGCAUCCCAUUAAUGUCCAGCAUCAGGACCAUGUCCAGCAUCAGGACCAUGCCCAGAAUCCCCUUCGUGUUCAGCAUCCUAUUAAUGUCCAGCAUCAAGACUAUGUCCAGCAUCAGGACCAUGCCCAGAAUCCCCUUCGUGUUCAGCAUCCUAUUAAUGUCCAGCAUCAGGACCAUGCCCAGAAUCCCCUUCGUGGUCAGCAUCCUAUUAAUGUCCAGCAUCCCAUACGUGUCCAGAAUGGGGACCAUGUCCAUCAUGAUGCCGUCACACAUGAGCAGCAAAAGCAUCCCUUUCCCGGUGCAGACGAGGCGGAGGUGCUCACCUUUCCCGACGUUCCAGGUGCUUUGCCUCUUCCUCACAUGAUGGCGCUACUGGUGUCUCAGCUGCAGCCGACCCUGGACGGAUUCAACCGCUCGCUGGAGCAGCUGAGUCGGCAAGUGGGCGCCCUGGCCCGGGACCUGGACCGGCUGAAGAGCGGCCAGCAGGAGGCACUCGAGGAGGAGGACCAGGAGGAAGGGCGGCUGGAAGACAAAGUGGACCGGGUGUUCCACCAAAUGGGGGCGCUGCAGCGACAGAUGGACAGCCAGCGUGCCGACUUGGAAGGAAGGCUGCACUCCCAGCAUGCAAUGCUGCACUACAACAUCACCGCAUUCAAGACCGACAUCGACCUCAAACUCAAACGACAACACAAGAUCAUGCAGGUCAGCCUGCAGGCCAUGAACACCACAUUGGCUGGGCUGAAGCAGGACCAGGACCAAGACCAGGACCAGGACCAGGACCAGGACCAGGACAAGCCCCUGGAGGGCCAGCAAGAGUGGCCCCCCCAGGUAGCCCAGACGUCCCCUGCAGUGUGGGAGGCCAUUGAGCGUCUGGACAACAUGGUGGUGAACAACACAGUCAAGGUGGGCGAGCUGAUGGAGUACACCGAGGUGACGUCGGGCAGCGUCCAGCAGCUGAAGCGGGACUUGAAGGCGCUGGGGGAGCGGAUCAACCAGACGGCCAGGACCAGCCAGGUCCAGUUCAUGGAGACGGGCCUGGAGGUGGAAGCGGCCAAGGUGGUGGUGCUGAGCCGGGUGGACGAGCUGGCGGGCAACCUGAGCCAGCAGGGCCAGCGUCUGCAGGAGAUGGACGUGGACGUGGACUAUCUUUACACCGUCCUCUACAAACACAACGCCACACAAUGCGACUGUCUCCGCCUCAAGGACGCCGUGGCCGCACUGGAGAGGGGUGUGGCCAACGUGACAGAGCUGGCCAAUGAGAACCGGCUAGCUCUGGAUGAAGACAAGCAGGGAGGGGUGGGGCAGUGGGGCGGGGCCGGUGACUGGGAGCCGGCGGUGGAGGCGGUCCAGCGAGGCCUUCAGCAGGUAAAGGAGUCUCUAGCAUCAGACCAGGCCAGGACCAGGACUCUGGACCAGGUCCUGACCCGAGUGAGCAGCGCUCUGGAGGAGGCAACUGCGGAGAUGUCGCGCCUGAAGGAGGCAGACAGGAAGCGGACGGAGGAGAUGAAACGUCUGUCUGGAUCCUUCAACUCGUUACUGAAGGACGCCAUUCGCCACAGCGACGUGCUGGAGCUCCUGCUUGGGGAGGAGGUGCUGGAGUUCCUGGAGUGGCCCCUCCAGGACCAGGAGGCCCACUCGAUCCCCGCCCUGAAGGAGCAGCUGAGGCUCCUGCAGGAGCAGCUCCAAGGACACAACCUUAGCCUCAGCUUGUUGCUAGGCAACAAGCCAGGAAGUCGGGAUGAAGUUCCCUCAGCAGACCAGCCGUCUUCCUGGUCGGGCGUGGGCAUGGCAGGUCCUCGGGAGCAUCAUCUGCAGCACGGAGACGGCAGCGACCUAUGGAAGCUGGAGAGGAGCGUGGACGAGCUGAAGCUGAAGAUGCUGAGCCUGCAGGAGGAACCUUGCUGCCUCCGUACCGAGGAGGCGGCCCUUCAGACGGAGGUGUCGCGGCUGAAGAGAGGCCUGGAGGAACAUCUGAGGACGUUCAAGAGCAUCUUCAGCAACGGCGACGUGCUGGAGAGGAGCGACGCCACGCUGGAGCUGGACAAAGUUUGGGAGCUGCUCAGCAAGAAGAAGCAGCGAGGCGGACGUCAUCGCAGCAGGAGGCAAUCCGCAGACGUUCUCAGCCAAUCACAGACCACCGUACUGCUGCUGGCCGGCUCCCCUCACAAAUCGUCACACGGCAUCCUCACGUUCAACGCGUCUCUCAACAGAGGACACUUUGACCCCCGCAGCGGCACCUUCACUGCCCCUGAGGACGGCAUCUACGCCUUCGCGCUCACGUCGGACGUGAGGCCGCGAAGCGCCCGACUGGAGCUGAGGAGCCCCUCGGGAGCGCUGAGGGGGAUGCUCCUCCAGAAGGGGGCGGCGUCACGGCCCGCCACUCACACCGCCAGCCUGAGGCUCAGGAAGGGGGAGGAGCUGAGACUGGUGUUCAGAGGCGGGGAGUGGGAGGAGUCUACAGACAACGCCUUUACUGUGCUGCUGUUACGCCGGGACACUUGAGGGUGCUGUGAGCCAAUCAGAGGCAAAGACACUGAGAACAGAAGAUGACGUCACUUGCGGAGCGAAUGAACUUUACAAUUUCGUUGUUCUGUCACAAACAUGAACAUAACACAACUUUAAAUAUAAAACUCAUCAAAUACAUCAACCUAUUUUCCUUGGCUGUGUCUAAAAAAGAACAGAGUAAUCUCUCGCUAUAUCGGCUGUUUUUUUAAUAAGAAAAAACUUUCGUGGUUGGCUGGCCUAUUAUAAGUUUAAAAAGAUUGCAAUAUUAGUGUUCAGUAAUGUUAUGAGACAUGAUAUCGGAUUACAUUACCUUUCACACUGCAUGGUAGUGGUGGGCAAAACCGUUCAUUUCAGUGAACCGUAUCAUUCCAGUUGCUUCAGUAAAAAGAUCCGUUCAUUUCGUUCACUUCGGUCGUUAAGAUUGCUGUGCAUAGACCCGGUCAGCCGUGUCGAGUCAGUCCGUUCGUUCAUUAGCGAUACACCACUACUGCAUUGUGAGGGCGACAAAGCUAGCAUAGCCUAGCCUAGCCCAGCCGGCAUGCCAUGGUUUAUAUCGAGUAUUAAAAAAAAGGUUCUCCACUCAAUCCGUGCGGAAAUGGUUGUGGUUUCUUUGUCCUUCCUCCCCACUCCGUUUGAUAUACUUUCUAAACUUUAGACUACAUAAAUUGGAGAGGUGAACUACUUAGGUUGCGAUGCUAGCUAGCCCUUGUGUUGUAUUUCCCUGCAGGGAUGCCGUAGUCUAACAAAGAAAAGCAGUGUAAAUGGGACUAUUUUAUGUGUUAUUUUACGUCAACAUGACUUUUAUAAAGUAUAAACCCAUUUAAUAAACAUAUUUAGUAAGUUACAUGGAUUUUGUAUGCGCUAACUACGAGUAAGUAUUAGUUAACAUUAAUUCAUAUCGCGGAAGUAAUGAACCGCCAUAAACGAGGGUUUACUGUUCUUCUGUGAGUACACUUCAAUAAGUAUACUGUGUGUACUGUGAGUACUACGUUCCGUUACUCUCACUGUACACUUACCGGAAAUGACCAUCGCCUAUUUACAGUCUUUUGUUCAACUACUUUCCAUCACUUCUGUCGCCAAUAUGGCGAUCGUUAGCACCACAUCCGGGUAUUUACAGUCCACUGCAACUUGUGUUCGCAAAAUAAAGUUUGGGUAGAAAAAAUACGCCGUUUAAAGACACAGCCUUCAAUCAUUCCUCGCUAUUGGUUAUAUAAUAAUUAACUGUAAAGUGAUAAAUUCAUCAUUUUUAUCGAUUUUAACUCAUGUUGACAGUAGAAGAGUUUAAUCUGCUGAGCAGCCUCUGUAAACGUCAACAGACAUUUGCUGUAUACCUGAAAUGUAUGCUUAUAUAUUUAUGUACAAAUUUUACAUAUUUAAAUAAAACAGUUAUCUUGUUUGUUCACAACAAGGGAUGCUAUGACAU